UAGGGCAUUUAGGGUUUUUUCUUUUUUUUCAUAGGGCAUUUAGGGUUCUGUCCACGAUUUAUGAACACAUUUGUUUAGGAGCAUGGGUUUACUUGGGGUCCAAACCAACUGGGGCCCAUAAAGACUGCUCAUUUUCGCAAAAAACCCUUACAAAACCCUCCCCCCCCCCCCCCCCCCCUCUCUCUCUCUCUGAAUAAAAGUAGAUCAUCAAUGUCUGCGAUAGUUCGAUCUAGGGUUUUCUCUACCAUUUUGAAGAAAAAUCGACGUUUUUCAUCGAACAUCGUUAAAGAUCCUGCCAAAGAACCAAUAACUUCCGCUUCAUCUAUCCUCAACAAUCAACCUCCACCACCUCACACUCCUCCUCCUCCGCCGCCUCCGCUUCCGCCUCCGCCUCCACCAGCAGCAGCGGAAAUCGGAACAGAGAAGAAGGGAUGGAGUUUUCUCAAGUACGGGCUCAUUGCAGCUCUCACCGGCGGUGUUGCGUCUACUGGUUACGCCACCUACGCUUAUACUUUGGAUGAGGUGGAUGAGAAGACAAAGACGUUGCGUGCAUCUGCAAAUUAUACCAUAGGGGAUGGUGCAUCUGCUCUUGAUAAAUUUCAAGGUUCGCUCUAUUCUGCUGCAAUGACAGUGCCUGCUAAGUCAGUUGAACUUUACUUAGAUUUGAGGAGGUCGAUUGAGGAGCAUGUUCGAGGUUUUACGGAACCAACCUCAGAUAAGCUCCUUCCUGAUUUGCACCCCAUGGAGCAGCAUGUGUUUACACUUGUGUUAGAUGUCAACGAGACACUAUUAUACUCUGAUUGGAAGCGUGAUAGAGGCUGGCGAACAUUCAAAAGGCCUGGAGUUGAUGCCUUUUUGGAACAUCUGGCUCAGUUUUAUGAAAUUAUAGUGUAUUCAGACCUGCCGAGUAUGUAUGUUGAUCCUGUUGUUGACAGGUUGGAUUCGAAGCAAUGUAUAAGAUAUAGGCUAUCGAGGAGUGCAACUAGAUAUCAAGACGGGAAGCAUUAUAGAGAUCUUUCAAAGCUGAAUAGAGACCCUUCAAGGAUUCUUUACGUGAGUGGUCAUGCACUUGAAAGUAGCCUUCAGCCAGAGAACAAUGUACCAAUUAAGCCGUGGAAGGUUGAAGAAGAUGAUACAGCACUGUUGGAUCUUAUCCCGUUUCUUGAAUAUGUUGCUAUACAUAGACCAGCUGAUAUCCGUCCUGUACUAGCCUCUUAUCAAGGGCGUGAUAUUGGUAAAGAGUUCAUUGAGCGUUCCAAAGAGCUCCAGAGGCGGAAGCAAGGGCAAAAGCCACAAGGCCGUUUUUGGAGACAUUGAGGUCAGAGUUUCGGUGGAUUAGUUGUCAGGAACUAUAUAGGAUUUAGUCCCAUUAUGGUGAAAGAAACAGAUGAAUUGGAGAACUGCCGAAUUAUAAACAAUUUUUUUGUAUAGGCUGAUUUUUGUUUGAGGGAGAAAUCUAUUAGUCUAAUGACACAUCCCUAGUUUUUCAUUACCUUCAAUUUAUGGCUAUGUAUGUCGGCAUGAAAAGUGGUUAACUAGAGAUGUUAUUUGAAAUCAGGAAGAUUGGACGGUGUCGAUCGUAUGUUUUUGUCAAUCUUGCUUUUUUCUGUCUUA